ACAAUAACGUUGUAUACAACAUUAAGAACUACGUGUUUGAAAACGUUACAUAUAAGUAUUCAGAGUUUGGAGCGUUACCGACGUGACGUUAUGACCGACUGUUUCAAUCAUUCGGUUAUACCAUCUGUGCAGAAAAAAAAAACCCGAGAAAAAGAAAUGGAUAAUAAUAAAUCGUAAAAUUAAAACACUGUGAUCGCAAACUAAAUGUCGAGUGCAUCCAAUAAAUCAACGACAACGUGAGCACAGUGAGCGCUCAAGGUUUAUCGUAUAUACACUAUUAUAAAUUUAGCUCAGAUCUAGAUCUACCUGACAGUCGCAACUCUUGUGAGGUUGGUUCUCACCACAGUAUCUCGUCACAGUGAUAUAACGAACGAACGUUUCUCAAUGGCAUUUUCACGUGCGCACAGUCGGGUGAGCCCGAGUUGGAUGUUGCACCUUCUUGUGUCAUAUCCUUAACCUCCGCGCAUUGUGUUCAAUCGUGCGCGCAUACAUUAUCGUCUUGAAGAAUCGUCUUUUCACCGAAAACACGGACGCUAUUUGACCGAAAUAAUGGCAAUUCCGAAGACUUGGGCGAAGAUACAACCUGUAGAAAAUCCUCUCAAUUUGUCGGAUAUUACAAUCGAACAACUCGAUGUGAAAAUGCGAAAGAUGGAGUUAAACAAAUAUUUAAGUGAGGAUAAUAGAAGUGCAAUACAGGCGGUCAAACAUAAGGAUGAAGAUGUUGAUGUAGAUGCUGAUAACGAUGAGGUAAUAGCAAAUAUAUUACAACACCAAUUCAAUGAAGAACAUGACAUGAUGCUAAAGCGUAUGGAAGAAAAAGUUAAUCGUGAUUCGAAAGUGGGUAUCUCGUACACUAAUUAUCGAACAUCUUCAUAUGACAUCAAGGAUAAAGAUAACAUUGAUCACUCUGACAGCAGUAACAGGGACUUUGAUCGUUUUGUCAGCAUAGAAAAAGAACAAGCUUCAAUACCACGUUGUGGUUACAAGAAGGUGGAAGGAGGUUCUCAGAUAGUCACAAAGCACGAUAUGUUAAGGUCUUCCCGGUUAAACGCAUGUCGUGUAUUACAAUUCCCUCCUGGUAUUAGUACCGGAGAUACAGGUGGGUUCGAUGUAAAAUUAGAUAAUAAAGUAUUCAACAUUCUGCGCGCUCACAGUCACGCACAAAGAAAAAAGGGAAAACCAUCACCAAAACCUAAAACACAUCCGAAAUAAAAUGAUGAGCGAAUUAGGCAAGAUACAGACUCUUAUUCCAAAGAUCGCGCAAUAAACACGAGACGGGAAUUUUAUUUCGUAUACCGCACAGCUGAUAAAUGUUUGCAACUUUGGGACUUAUUGAUGAAAUAAAAAGUACAUAAAAAGUAAGAAAAAGUUGUGGCCUUGACAUUUGAUAUUCAUGGGGUAAAUACCCAAUUGUAUUUCAAAUUUACAUCAAAAACUUCUGGAGCAAAGCAUCAAUAAGAAAAGUUACCCAAAAGUUGUCCGAAUUUACCAACUUUGGUAUACUGUAUUGAUUUGAUGAUUGAGGACAUCUUGAACUUGCCUGUAUUCUUACUUGCAUGUGUGGUAUAAAGAGAAUUUGUACAUAGUCAUCUGUGAGUGCGAAUAUGUAACAUUUCAAAAGAAAACGAAAAAAAAAAAAUAAAUCACAACUGUGCGAACACAUUUAGCAAUCAGGAUUGAAAUAUAUUAAUUUGUCGUGUAUUAUAUCAUAAGAAAGAAAAGGAGAACUUAAAACGAAACUUAACAUAAAA